AGCUCCUCCUCUUCAAGCCUCUCCCUCUCAGUCUCCACCCCCUUCAUGACACACUACAAAUUCACACCCUCCCAUCUCCUCCUCCUCAUCUCAUCUCCCAUUGCCCAGCCUCACCUGCUCCAUCUUCCUCCCUCUCCAUAGUCUUUAAUCCUCAACACCCAACCUCAAAACUUCAGCUACCUCUGCUGAGAUUUCCAAAUAUUUUGUACCCCUCUUCCUCUUUGGUUCCUUCUUCUGAUAUGGCAACCGUUGUGUGCCAAGGUUUGCAGUCAUGUCUGGAGUCCCGAAUCGUGGAGCCAGUGUCUCUAAGGCUCAAAUUGACUUCACCAAGUCCUCCUCUGUUCUCUCAGUUCUUAGAUGUGCCCUCAAAGAGUAGCCUUUUGGGUAACUCCAGCAAAGGGUCUGAAGUGCAAAACGAGACCCCCAAGAUGACGAGCAAUUUCAACAAGCAAGAUUUUGCCUAUGUCCCUCCAUUGACAAAGAGUCCUUCUUGGAUAUCACUCCGCGAGCGAAGCUUGGAGAUGUGCACUGAGGAUCUAGGUAAUGAGACUGGUAUUGUUGGCCAUGUUAGCGAAAGCAUGGUUUUACUGUCCGUUCUGACCGAUGGAUCGAGGUACGAUCGGAAUUUGCCUAAACCCCGUGAACAUGCCGGGGCCAAGGAACCGACGCGUCGUGGCUUUCCGCCUCCGCUGACUACUAUUAGAGGGGUGAAGUCCCUCCAAGUUAGGCCUCACAGAGAAGACGGAAGGUUGGUCAUCGAAGCCAUUGAGACACCGCCGUGUUACCCUCACUUUCGAGCCGAAAGGAGCGACGGCUGGCUCCAGCUAUGUUUCCUGGGAGAACCCACUUCGUCAUGCGGUGAUUCUGUAGAUGAUGAAGAAGAAUGUUCGACGACCACACGAUGGAAGACGAUGAAAAGGAGUGGGAAGAAAGCCGUGUCUUCGAGGAAGAAGAAGCAGAUGGUGAUGAAAAUGAUGAGAGAGAUGAUGCCUCUGGUGAUGUCAAGGGCAUCUCUCCGAGAUGUGGAGGAUGCAAGGAAAGAGGGCCUGAAAAUAGAAGGUUGUUGACUUGGGAGCCACUCUGGGUGGCCACAUCUUGAAGCUUUUUCUCUCUCUUUUCUUUAUAAUGAAUAUCAUGCUUCAAUUUUGUAUAGUGUUGUCCUUCUUA